CCUAUAUGAACAUUAGGAUUUAAUGGACACAUCCAGUAUGUGUGAGUGUGUGUGGGCCAAGCUGAGAAAAGAGGAGGGGAAUAUAAAGAGAGAGGGAAGUGCUAGAGUGAGGGAGGAACCCUAGCACAGAUUAUCUGCAAAACACACACACAAACCUCCGCAUACACACACUUCAUUUUUUACAUUCUUUUCUUUUCUCUAAAAAUAUUUGAGAGAGGUUUAUACUUUGUAUAUUUGUAUUUUAUGUGUUCUUUUUUGCGUUUAGACAUUUAAAAACACUCAAAGAACUGAGCUUUGGAUUUUUUACCCAGAUUUUUUCUUUUUUUGUGAUUUUUUGUGAAGUUGUUGCUGUUAGUGGGGAAAGAUGUGGAACUGUGUAACGGAUUUCUUCACUUAUGAGACAACAAAGUCUGUGGUGGUGAAGAGCUGGACCAUUGGCAUCAUCAACCGAAUCGUUCAGCUGCUGAUCAUUUCCUACUUUAUCGGGUGGGUGUUUUUAUAUGAAAAGGCUUAUCAGGAUAGAGACACUGCUAUAGAGUCAUCAGUGAUGACUAAAGUGAAAGGAUUCGGAGAGCAUCAUCACAAGAUUAUGGAUGUUGCUGACUAUGUUACCCCUACACAGGGGGCUUCAGUGUUCUGUAUCAUUACUAAACUCAUCACCACAGAGAACCAGGUGCAGGGCAAGUGUCCUGAGAGUGAGUCGAAGUUUAAAUGUCAACAUAAUGAUAACUGCACAAAAUUGAUGUCAAGGCCAGCUUCGAAUGGUUUGUUGACUGGAAAAUGUGUACAGCAAUUUAACAGCAGUACUUCUGAGAAGUACUGUGAGAUCAGAGGCUGGUGCCCGGCAGAGAUAGAUGAUAUCCCAAUUAAACCCAUGAUGGAGGUGGAGAACUUCACCAUAUUUAUUAAAAACAGCAUUCGCUUUCCCCGCUUCAACUUCACAAAAGGAAACUUCUUGCCCACCAUCAACAGCAGCUACAUAAAGAAGUGCAAUUUUGACGAUAAGAAAAAUACCUACUGUCCAAUCUUCAAAGUGGGAGAUGUGGUCCGGUUAGCCCACCAGAAUUUCACUGCGCUCGUCAACAAAGGCGGAGUGAUCGGCAUAAAGAUAUCCUGGGUUUGUGAUCUGGAUAAAUCAGAGGACGAGUGUAAGCCAGCGUAUUCAUUCACUCGUCUGGAUGCAAUGUCUGAGAAAAGCAGUGUAUCACCUGGUUACAACUUCAGGUUUGCUAAGUAUUUCAUGGGACAGGAUGGGACAGAGUACCGCACUCUACUGAAGGCCUACGGCAUCAGAUUCGAUGUCAUAGUCAACGGAGAUGCAGGGAAAUUCAGUAUGAUCCCAACUCUGAUCAAUAUGGUGGCAGCUUUCACUUCUGUGGGUGUGGGGGCAGUUCUUUGUGAUAUAAUCCUUCUGAAUUUCCUGAAAGGAGCUGACCAGUACAAGGCAAAGAAAUUUGAAGAGGUGUCAGAUGCACACAUUGAAAAGUCCGGAUCCUAUUCCAGCUCGAUGUACCGGAUGAGAAAUCAGAGUCAGUUGUCAAUCAGACCUGAGGACAAGUUCUCUAAUGACUCUGGGACCUUUUCCAUUGUGCAGUAUGGUUAACAGCAGACAUCAUGUAUCUCAGUAUUGAAACACACUGUAAAUAUCUGUAACUUAUCAGACUCUACUACUGAGUUAACAUCUCAAUAUUUCAUGGUCAGAUGUAAUAUCUGCCUGCAUGGUCGUUUGAGGCCUACAGCAAUAGAAGCCUAGAGAAAGCUCAGUCCUUGACAAAGUAGCUCUGUAAUUAGACUUGCAUGUUCACAUUUAGCCCAUUAUUUUGUCAGUUAAGUAGUUCAUGUGUAUAUAAUAAUAGAACUUGAAUAAUGUUUAAGCCGAGAAGGAGAUUAUUUCUAAACAAAUUAAGUUGAAAUAUGAUUAUAAAUACUGAAUUGAAUGGUCAGUUUAACUUCAGUAGAUCUUGUAGUUUAAUUGCAUGUGUUGAACUGAAUUAGCACAUUUCUUGGGAUUUUUUAUUUUUGUUUUUAUUUGUCUGCUGAGAGAUGCUAAACAUAAGAGCAAAACUUCAAUAGCUUUUUUAACAGAGCACUGAUGGUGGAAGAUGUCAAAUUACCAAGUGUAAUACAGUAAAUUAAGAAAUUGUAAGUGAUUUAUUUUAAAGGAGGAUGUAUAAUAUGUGUUCUCAUAUUUGUUAGAGCAUAGCAAUACACAAAAUCAGCAAUUCAUUUUAAGUAAACAGAAAUCUAACAUGUAAUUUGCUGUACUUCACUUCAUGAACAAGCAUAUUGUCACCGUCACACAACUUUCCGAUCUCAAAAGUGGCAACUUUGCAGGAGAAGGAAAAAUACUACUAAGUUUUAAAUAAAAGUCAGUGUAAAAAGAUAUACUGGACCAAAUAAUGUCAAUAAUUGGAAAAAAACACACAAAAAAAGAAAAGUUUUUCAUGAUAGUGACAAUAUGCCAAACAUAUGUUAUAUAAACAGGAAAUACCAUUUAUCAUUACAAACAAAUGACACGUAUAAUGAAAUUAUGAAAUGUAUGUAUUAUAAAUAUUUAUUCUGUAGAGUAUUCCAAAAAUAAUAAAAUUCGUUCAUGAUCUA